CCCAGAAGAACCCAGAAAGCUCAGACUGAUGGAAAAUUUCACCUUCAACAGCUUCAUGCUGCAGAUGGAAGGUAUUAAUGUCACUCCAGCUUCAAUGUAUCCUCUCUUUUUCUUCUUCCUUUUCAUCUACCUGUUCAUCAUGAUAUCCAAUGUAGGCAUUAUAGUCCUGAUCAUCGCUGAUAAUAGCCUCCAUCAGCCCAUGUACCUGCUGUUCUGUAACCUGCCCAUUAAUGAUAUUCUUGGUAACUCGUACAUGGUGCCUCGUCUGAUGUCGGACAUCUUGCUGCCUCCCUCUGAGCGUCUCAUCAGUUACUAUGACUGCGUGGCUCAGGCUUUUACUUCUCAUCUGUUCGGCACCACGUCCCACACGGUGCUCAUGAUCAUGGCCUUUGACCGAUACGUGGCCAUCUGUAAUCCUCUGCGUUACUCUGCAAUAAUGAGCAACAGAAUGGUGCUGAAGCUGACCGUCUCUGCCUGGGGGGUGGCCUUUGUUCUGGUCGGGAUUCUGCUGGGUCUGACCGUAAGGCUGAACCGAUGCAGGACUCUGAUCUCUAACCCGUACUGUGACAACGCCUCACUGUUCAAGCUGUCCUGUGAGAGCGUGGUCAUCAAUAACAUCUACGGCCUGACCUUCACCGUGGUUCUGCUCACAUCGUCCGUCCUCAGCAUCGUCCUCACCUACAGCAGGAUCACCCUGGUGUGUCUGAGCAGCAGGAACAAGUCUCUGAACAGCAAAGCCCUGAAGACCUGCAGCACCCACCUCUUUGUCUACAUGAUCAUGUUUGUUUGUGGGAAGUUUCACAUCGUUCUGCAUCGCUUCCCUCAGUUCAUCGACUACAGGAAGCUGGUUGCCAUUCUGUUUCACAUCGUGCCCGGCAGCCUGAACCCCAUCAUAUACGGAGUCCAGUCAAACGAGAUCAGAAGGUUCCUGUCAAAGUUGUUCUGGUCCAGAAAGGUUCUGUCAUCAUAAUGAUGGACACAGCUUUCCUCUCUGCUUUCAAACAUUCACUCCUCUAACCUUAGAUUCUCCUUAUUUUGGGGGUUCUGGAACACAAUAAUCUUCUGUUGUCAUUCUUAUUUAUAGAUAGAAAUGUUUAAGCCUUUAAGAAUAAUAAUUUCAGGUGAUGUAUUAGUUCUAAAUAUGAAUCAUUUUGUUCAGUAAACAUGGAAAACAUUGUUGAAAAUGUGACUUAGAAUAAAGUUCCUGUUUGUUAAUCGUUUAAAAACCAA